AUGUCACAUCAAAUUUCGUAACAGCUCCCACUUUCGGCCACAUACCGUGCCAACCGCAAACAGGAUAUGGAAAACGGGGACGGGGGAAACUCGGGGGAAACUACUUGCUGUGCUGGCGAUAAAAACACGGGUUCAAACCCAUGUCGAUUGGUGCCAGGCACAAGGAUAGCCCGUGGGAGGGUGUGUGCUCGAAUCGUUGAACAGCCGGGUCCUGGCCCAACUUGUUGCAUACAAUACAAUCAAUUUCGCAUGUCGCAUUUUAUUCGAGCUGCCUCACGGACCGAAAGAAGUAAGCCAAAUUCCCGAGCACAGGCGAGUAUUUUUCGAUUGGGUGUGAUAUGA